AUCCCAUCCCCACCCGGCCACCACCUACAUAAUCGCCCCCCUCACACACACCGCAUUGCUCUCACAGUGCACACUAAAUACGAAGGGGAGAGAAGGGGGGGAGGAAAACCAGUGCACCAAAAGGAGGGUGCUUCUCCGGGAGGCGAAGCGAUCAGGGUGUUAGAAGAAAGACAGACCCACGAUCGUGCAAUGCAGGCAGUGCAGACCCGUAAUCUCCGGGAAACCCAGCUAGGAGGGGUGAUCUUUGGUUGCAAGCAUGAGACAAUUGAAGAGUGCUUCAAUAAACAGCUAUUUGGCCUGCCUGCGUUGCAUUAUUCAUAUGUGAGGAAUGUCAAAGCUGGCCUACCUUUAUUUCUAUUCAACUACACUGACAGAAAGCUGCAUGGUGUUUUUGAGGCUGCCAGUCCUGGUCAGAACUCCAUUGACCCAUAUGCUUGGAGUAAUGAUGGCACUUUAAGGACACCUUUUCCUGCACAGGUUCGCAUUUGCACAAGGACUCGCUAUCAGCCACUGUUUGAGCUCCAAUACAAAAAAGUGAUUCAAGAUAACUAUUAUACCCAUCACUACUUCUAUUUUGAGCUAGACCAUGCACAAACUAGAGCUUUAAUUGCUUUGUUCAAGUCAGUUGGUCCUCUCAAUUUGAAGCAAGUCCCAGCUGUUUCAAGCAAAAGGAGUCUGGCUGUACCUUUACCAUCAACUAACAGGAUGUCAUCAGGUAUUCCUAUCCAAAAGAAAGGCACAGCCAAUUCGAAGGACAUCAAUCCAUCUACUGUUCUAUCAACUUCUUUACCAUCAACUAAAAGGAUGGCAUCAGUUACCCCUCACCAAAAGAAAGGCACAGCCAAUUCAAAGGACAUCAACCCGUUUAGUGUUCUGUCAAGUUCAAGUGGAAUUGUUCCAGAUGACUGGGUUGAUUCUGAUGUGGAUAGUGGUAGUGUUACUGGAACAUCAGACAGCAAAACUGAUGGGAAGACAUCUGGAGAGCUAGUUUCUGACUGGGAGGAUUUGGAUGACAAUGAUUUUCAGAACCAGUUUGGUCCAGAUGAGGUCAGUCAGCAUUCCUCGUACAAAAGUGUUGCUGAUGGAAUGGAGCUUAUGCAGUGCAAUGAACUGGUUGCCAAUCCUGUGAAUGGAGGAAGUCAUUCUUCUAAUGGAGACAUGCUUGUGAACUCACACAAUGGAAUAGGCAAUGGGAUUCAGAAUGAAUUAGAUGGUGUUGGGGUACAGCUUGAAAGAUCGUCUAUCCUGAAAAGACUGAAGGAGUUGGUUGACUUACGACAGCAGGCAGCACUAUCAUCUCAUGAUUUUGUUUAUUCCAGUCCAGAUGUGCAUGUACCUGAAGAAACACAGGUUAAUGCAAACCUUUCUGGUCAGGAUGAGGGUGUGCCUGAAAAAACACAGAUCAGCGCAAACCUUUCUAGCCAAGAUGGGUAUGUACCUGAAGAAACACAGGUCAGCACAAGCCUUCCCAGUCAAGAUGAAUAUGUUGCUGAAGAAAUACAAGUCAAUGCAAACCUUCCUAUUCAAGAUGAAUAUGUACCUGAAGAAACACAGGUCAAUGGAAGCUUCCCUUUCCAAGAUCAAAAGGUUGCUGAAGAAACACAUGUGAAUGUAGACCUUCCUAUUCAAGCUCAAUAUGUACCUGAAGAAGCACAGGCCAAUGCAAGCCUUUCUACUCCCAGCCAUCAUGUACCUGAAGAAACACAGGCCAAUUCAAGCCUAUCCAAUAAGCCAUUAUGUUCUACCGUGGAAGGUAGUUCAUCUUUUGAGCGACAUCAUGCAAAGGCUGAGCUUCUACGAAUCAUCACUGACUUAGCCAAGAAGGCUGAUGCAUUGCAGAAGAAUCAGAUUAAAUCAGAUCAAGAAAUAAUUUCGUUGAAGGAAGUAGUUAAAGACUCUGGAAGAAAAGUUCAGCAACUGGAAUAUCGUAUAGAUGAGUUACAAUUCAAAUUUGACUCCUCCUUGUCUCUUCAAGGAAGCAUGUGCGAUAAUCUGGACAUGCCAGAAAUAUUCCUGAUCGGUGGUUAUAAUGGUGUGACCUGGUUAUCAUCUCUUGAUUCCUUUUCUCCAAAAAGAGACAUCCUUGUGUCUCUCACAUCGAUGGGCUCUGCGCGUUCAUAUGCAUCUGUUGCCGCAAUGGAAGGCUGUAUAUUUGUUUUUGGUGGUGGGGAUGGAACUUCAUGGUAUAACACAGCGGAAUGCUAUAAUACAAGGAGUAAUGAGUGGAUGAUAUGCCCCUGUUUAAACCAUGAGAAAGGAUCUCUUGCUGGAGUAAGUCUUAAUGGCAAAAUAUAUGCGAUGGGUGGAGGAGAUGGAACACAAACUUUUUCAGAAGUUGAGAUGUUUGAUCCUUUUCUUGGGAAGUGGAUAUGUAGUCCGUCUAUGCUGCAACCAAGAUUUGCUCUAGCAGCAGCAGAAUCAAGUGGUGUCAUCUAUGUAUCUGGUGGAUUUGAUGGUAGCAAGUACUUACAGUCAGCAGAAAGGUAUGAUCCAAGGGAGGGUUUCUGGGUUAAGCUUCCAAGCAUGAAGGCUAGGAGAGGAUGCCAUGCUGUAGCUGUCCUGGGAGAAGUCCUAUAUGCUAUUGGAGGGUAUGAUGGGGACAGCAUGGUUUCCAGUGUUGAGAUCUUUGAUCCUCGCCUCAACGCCUGGAGGAUGGGUGAUCCCAUGAGCAGCCCAAGAGGAUACGCCUCUGCGGUUACUUUUGAUGAUAGCUUGUUUGUCCUCGGCGGUCUGCGGUCCAACGAACAGAUACUGGACACUGUGGAAGUCUACAAUGUGAACUCGGGCUGGUCAGUUCCAGGUUUCAAUUCAAUAGGGAAGAGAUCUUUUGCGUCUGCCAUUGUCAUUUGAUUGUAUUGGGGAGUACAGUGCUCAUCUCACCAGUCUCUUCAACAUUUUGCUGGCAUGCAAGGAACAGUAACCCCAUGUUUUUUCGAAAAGCAGAGUUAGGGCUCGUCGUCUCACCCUUCCUUUUGAGCUCCAAUUAUGUACAGCGAAAACCAGAAACUCGACAUGCACCACAGUUUAGCUACCCCCAUUCAGCUGCGUACUUUUAACCAUGCAUCUCAUGGAAUGCAGAACGUGUAGAGUGUUCUGAGUUCUCGUUAAGUCUUGAUGCUCCUCUAUAUACCUGGAACUAUCCAUCUCAUGGAAUGCAAUACCGUUAGGAUGUUCUGAAUGCUAA